AUGGAUCAGCUUCAAAAAUCGAUUGAGCAGCUAGCUGCCACGUUCACAGCUCAAAUGAAUGAGUUCCAGAGGGAAUUUCGGUCGUCCAUUCCUGCAGCCACCACAUCAUCCAAUAUACAUGCGCAAUUUAGUGCAUUCCGAGCUUUUGUGAUGACGGCGCUGCAGAACUUGCAGAUGCAGCUUCAAAUUCGCUCCAGGCAACAGGAGGAAAUGGAGGUCCGGUCCAGGAGGAAUAUGUUGCUUGUUCAUGGUGUGCCCCAGGUCCACAAUGAAGAUCCAGCUGAGAUUGUGUGCAAGGUGUUAAGAGAGCGGCUAUCCUUGGCAGAAAUCAUAGUGAGCAAUGUUAAAAGAUGCCAACGCUUGGUUCGUAGAAAUAAUAGUGACAAGCAUCGUGCUAUCUUGAUAAAAUUCUGUAAUCAGGGGCUUCGCAACAAGAUAUGGUACGGCAAAUCUAAAUUAAAGGGCAGCGGUAUCACAUUGUCCGAAUUUCUGACAGAGGGCCGAUAUGAAGCGUUUGUUGCUGCGCGCAAACGAUUUGGGGUAUCCCGCAGCUGGACGAGGGAUGGCUGUGUUGUUGUGGUCAGCCCUGACCGCAAGCACCAUCGAGUCGUCUCUGUGGCUGAGGUUGACGCUAUUCCGCAGGCGGCUGGCAGCGUUGUGACAACGGCGCCGGCAACCCUGAUGCAGGUGGGAGCAGGGAAGCAGACCUCAGUAGCUUCGAUUACACCGAAACCAAAUAUUAAUGUUAGACCCAGAAAGCCCUAUAGAAAAUAG